UAACGUUUGAGACUUGAGACAGUAGGGACAGUAAGAGGGAGAAUUUAAUAAAAACUUCGCUAAUGCAUUAUUUUUGCUAAAAUAAUGCUAGGAAAGCUGUUUGGAAGACUAGGUUUAAGCUUUGCUUUGUUAUUGACCUUAACGCAAAGCUUUGUAUCAACAGCCCCUCCAUCAAGGCAACAAUCGGAUUUGGUGGAUAUUCUUAUAGAUCAACUAUUCCAAAAUUUAACCGCAGCCAGAGAUGAGCUAACUGACCCUGAAUUAUGGCCUUCGGAUUAUGCUGAUGAAAUUGUGGGGGGUCAAAGGCCACCUAAAAUACACGAUUACAUAGUGGUGGGAGCAGGAAGUGCAGGUUCGGUGGUGGCCAGUCGACUAAGUGAAAAUCCGGAUGUUAGUGUGUUGGUAUUGGAGGCUGGAGGCGAUCCACCUUCUUUGUCGGAGGUCUACAUGCUGUCAGCUUUGCUGCAAAACACUGACUAUUCCUGGAAUGAUUAUGCCGAACCUAAUCCCACCAGCUGCCAGGCCAUGAAGGAGGGGCGUUGUUAUUGGCCGCGUGGCAAAAUGAUUAGUGGCACUGGUGGCAUCAAUGGCAAUGUUUUUCUCAUAGGCCGGCCUGAUGACUAUGAUGAAUGGCAUAGUCAGGGUAACAGCAAUUGGUCUUGGCAGGAUGUCUAUCAAUAUUUUGUUAAAGCCACUCAGGACGAGAGUACUCCAGAUAAUCCCAAAGGCUCUUUGGUUUUAAACUCUUUCCAAAGAAUGGAAAAUUUCCAUGUAUUGAAGGAUCUCAUGGCCAAAGCCACCAUGGAGGUGGAACUAAAUCAGACCAUAAAAAGUUUGGGCUACAUGCAAGACAUAAUGGCCACGGUGGAGCGUGGCAAACGCAUGAGCACCGGCAAAACCUAUUUGGGUAAGGUGGCCAAGCAACGCAAACGCAAUUUGCAUAUCAUGAAAAAUGCUGUGGUGCGAAAAAUUCUCUUCAGCGGCAAUCGCAAGGCCAUGGGUGUGGAGGUAUUGCUGAACAAUAGCAAAAUUUUGAAAUUACAGGCACGCCAAGAAGUAAUUUUAAGUGCUGGCACCUUUAAUAGCCCCCAAAUUCUCAUGCAUUCAGGCAUAGGGCCUUGUGACAACCUAAAGGCCUUGAAUAUAAACUGCCUGAAAAAUUUGCCAGUGGGUCAAAAUCUGCAAGAUCAUGGCAUGAUGUCUUUGAGUUUAAAAUUUAAUAAAAAUAUACCCGAAAUGCCUGAGAGUGAUUCCCUUACCAAUACCUUUGAAUAUCUGGCCUUUCAAAAAGGCCCUCUGGCCUCCCACAAAAACCUGGUGGGUUUUAUUAACUCUUUGGCUGCGAAAAAUAUAAAUCGCACUGAUCUCAUGCUGGUCUCGGGUAUAAGCCAGCCCCAGAGAGGCUCUAAUAUGUUUGAAUUUCUACAAUUUCGUGAUGAUUUGGUGGACAAGUUUUUACAGGCUACAGAAAAUCACACCACUUUGGAGAUACAGGGUCUACUCGUCAAGCCCAAAUCCCGGGGAUAUUUGCAACUAAAAGCCAAGGAAUUUGGCAAAGGUCCCAUUAUACAUAACAACUAUGCCUCGGUUGAGGAGGAUCGCCAGACUCUGCUGAGAUAUGUGCGUUUUGUGCAGGCCCUACAAAAUACCGAAAUGUUCCGCUACUAUGGUUUGGAGUUGAUACGUCUACCUCUGGAGGAUUGCAAUGCCAUGAUCUAUGAUUCCGAUGAUUAUUGGUUUUGUUAUAUAAAAUAUUUCUAUGUAAGUGCCUGGCAUGGUGUGGGCACUUGCCAUAUGGGCCCUGCUGAGGAUCCCUCUGCUGUGGUGGACUCCCAUUUGAGGGUUCAUGGUUUUAAGGGCCUGAGAGUUAUCGAUGCCAGUAUUAUGCCAAAUAUAACAAGUGCCAAUACCAAUGGCCCCACCAUUAUGAUUGCCGAAAAAGGAGCCCAAAUGAUUAAGGACGAGUGGGGCAAUAGCAUUUGAAAAGUUGUUUUAAACCAGCACUUACCCUAGAGAUGGAUGGAGAUAAGCCAAAAAGAAAUUACCUGUAAAUAAAAGAAAAUAUUACUUAUUUAGAAA